AUGAGUACACAGAAGAUGCAAUACGUCCGCCUCGGCAACUCCGGGCUCAAAGUGUCCAGAAUCAUCCUCGGAUGUAUGUCCUACGGCAGCCCCGAGUGGCAGGAUUGGGUGCUGGGCGAAGAAGAGAGCAUCAAGCACAUCAAGUUCGCGUAUGACCAUGGAAUCACGACCUUCGACACGGCCAACAUCUACUCAAACGGACUCUCCGAGGUCGCCCUCGGGAAGGCGAUCAAGCAGUUCAACCUGCCGCGCGAGGAGCUGGUCAUCAUGACCAAGCUGUACUUCGCGAAGCCGAAGGGCCUCACCAAGGCUAUCUGGUCGGGACCCGAGGCGGAAUCCGCUGGGAUCAUCAACCAGAAAGGGCUGAACCGCAAGCACAUCUUCGACUCGGUGAAGGAGAGCCUGCAGCGACUGCAGCUGGACUACGUCGAUGUUUUGCAAUGCCAUCGGUUCGACUACGAGACACCCAUCGAGGAGACUAUGCACGCUCUACACGAUGUCGUCCAGGCGGGACUCGCGCGCUACAUCGGGAUGAGCUCCUGCUAUGCGUACCAGUUCACCCAAAUGCAAAACUACGCGAUCACGAACAACCUCACGCCGUUCAUCUCCAUGCAGAACCACUACAGCCUGAUCUACCGCGAGGAGGAGCGCGAGAUGUUCCCGACGCUGAAGAACUUCGGCGUGGGUGCCAUCCCGUGGUCCCCGCUCGGCCGCGGCAUGCUCACGCACCCGCUUAACACCGAGACGCUGCGCUCCAAGACCGACGCGUAUCAGAAGAUCUACGACAUACCUGCUAUCCCCGCCAUCGUCGGCCGAGUCGAGGAACUGUCCAAGAAGAAGGGCGCAAGCAUGGCGCAGAUCGCGACCGCCUGGAUCCUCGCGAAGCCAGGCGUGACCGCGCCCAUCAUUGGGACGACGAAUCUCAAGAACCUGGAGGACAUCAUCGGCGCGUUGGACGUGAAGCUCACGGAGGAGGACAUUCAGUUCCUCGAGGAGCCGUACACGCCGGUCGCGAUCGUUGGUCACUCCUAG